AUUUCCGCAAAUCGUUCUUUUUCUCGAAGUCCGACCGUUGAAUGCAAAAAGGAUCGUUGGCCCGACGGCACCACUUCAAGUUUCUCUUUCCGCACAGCACAAGGCCACAGCACAGGUCUCUGAGAUCACAUCCAUGGUGCUGCUGUUGUUACUGCUGAUGGUGCUGCCACUGGCGAGAUCCUGCACGAUGAUCGCUGUUGGGCGGAACGCUACGGUUGACGGCUCCACUUUGGUGGCACACACGGAUGACGCUGGCUUCGGCGCCGCCGACCUGCGGAUGGUGCGUGUACCUGCCCAGGACCACGAGGAAGGAGCAACGCGGCAUGUGUACAACGUGCAGCCAGGAUAUCCACGCCUUGUUUCAAGUCAACGAGGACACGAGUACGAGCCGAAGAACGAUCAAGAGCAGCUCAUGACGCCGCUCGGUGAGAUCCCGCAGGUUCGUCACACUUACGGCUACUUCGAUCAGGACUACGGUUUUAUGAAUGAGGCGCAGCUUAGCAUCGGAGAGAGUACAAGCGGAGCCAGGACAGUAGGCUGGCCCAUGGACGCUGGCCCGCACGGAUACAACAUGUUCGGCAUCGGAGAGCUCACCAAAGUGGCUCUGGAGCGCUGCGACUCGGCUCGUUGCGCGAUCCAGACGAUGGGCGAUCUGGCCGUCAAGUAUGGGUUUUAUAGUGAAGACAGUGGUGACCCAGCCAAGCCAGAGUAUGUGAGCGCAGCUGAGACGCUGGGCAUUGCAGACCGAUACGGAGAAAUCUGGGUUUUCCACGUCCUGACGGGUCCUCAGAAUGCUAGCGCUGUAUGGGCGGCUCAACGCGUACUAGAUACCCACAUGGUCGUAGUGGCCAAUGGUUUUGUCAUCCGAGAAAUGGAUCUGGAUGACCCAGACCGCUUCAUGGCGUCGGGGAAUGUGCUUUCAUUCGCUGAAGAAAUGGGUUGGUGGGACCCGAAACAAGGCAAAUUCGACUUCACCGCUGCAUACGCUUCCCCCACGCCAGAUCCCGUGCGCGCGUUGUACAUGGGUCGUCGCAUCUGGCGUGUGUUUGACCUUGUGGCACCGUCCUUGCAGCUAGACUCCCGUCUUGGACACUACCCGGAGUUUCCAACCUACCCGUUUUCAGUUGAACCAGACCGGAAGCUCGACGUAGCGGACGUGACGCGUUUGCUUCGUGACUAUUUUCAAGGAACACAAUACGACUUGUCCAAGGGUUUGGCGGCAGGACCGUUCGGGAACCCUAUGCGGUGGGGAGGUGAUGAAAAAGGAGUCGUGGGUGGCUGGGAACGACCCAUUUCCAUGUAUCGCACAGUCUUCAGUUUUGUGCUUCAAGCGCGUGCUCACCUUCCUGAUGAAGUUGGUGGCGUGGCCUGGUACGGACAGAGCUCACCGCAUGCCUCAGUGUAUGUGCCAUUCUCCUGUGCGCAGCAAGAGAUUCCAGCUGCAUACGUUCUCGGCAAAGAAAGCGAGUUUGCACACGGAUCCGCUUGGUGGGCCUUUGCCUUCGUUAACAACUGGAGCAUGCUACGCUUUGACGCUAUUAGUAGGGACAUUCGAGCUCGCAUAGCUGAGUUGCAAAAGACUUGCUAUACUGAGCGGAAAGCGAUGGAGCACCACGUAACCCACACAAAGUCGUUGACAGCAUCGGACGUACGCACGUAUCUGCAGGAGCAAUCGAAUCGAUUGGCUUCGCGAGUUAUCGACGAAUGGUGGACUUUUGCCUGGAAACUUGUGGGCAAGUACGCGGAUGGCUACAUCACGACGGGUGAAGCUCCCGAGGAUAUGAAGAUGCCCGGUUAUCCGGAAUGGUGGCUCAAACUCAGCGAGUUCUCCAAGUGGCCAGGGGAUACACUGGUGCCGCCACACAUCCCAAAACUGGAAAAGCAGCUUGAGCUGUUUGAAAGCCGGCAAAAUGCGAGUGCCAAUCUUGGAGUGCAGCCAUCUGCCGGUGACGACAGCGCUUCGCCUUCAAGUACUAUUUCGAUUGCCCAACUUGGCAUCGGUGCUGUCGUUGGGGCCGUUGUGGGUGCUUCCGCUACGUGGUUUGCUGUUCAGCGUCAACAGCGAUCCAGGUACCUGCCCAUUCCUUAGGACACAACGUGUUUGUGAAGAGCUUUGCGUGUUUUAUCAAUGAUCCUGGCAGAGCACUAAUGCUUUGGUUAGUGCAGACAAGACUAUGAACUACACCGAUUUCGUAGCCAUCAGAUAACGUGCUUACCACCGCAAAGCAAAAUCAGACGUGCUUAUCUAUCUUGAUGUGGCCUCCUAGUAUCUUUUGUGCGGCUCCUUGUAAGUCCGCUUGGUCGCCGGGCUUGCAGAACGUUUGUGCCUGCGAGA